GCACAAACGGCGGCGGGGCCCGGCCGCGCUGCGGGGUCGCGCUGGGCGGGAGGCGCGGGGAGAUGCAGCCGCCGGCGCUGCCCCAAGUCCUGGCGUGGCGGCUGCUGCUGGUGCUGCUGGUGGCCGCCUGCUGCGGGGAGGCCGCGGCCCCGCGCCCCGGGAACGCCGCCACCGCCUCCCUGCGUCCCACGGAGGCGGCCGGCGGGGCCGCCACGCGGAGCAGCAGCAGUAGCAGUAACCGGCUGGCCGAGGUGUCGGCACCGCCCGAGCAGGGCCAGCCCAUGACCCAGCGCGCCUUGUCCGUGCUGGUGCUGGCCAGCGCCGCCCUCAUCGUCUACUUCGUGAUCCGGACCGUGCGGGUUAGAAGGCAAAACAGAAAAACGCGAAGAUACGGAGUUUUGGAUAUGAACGUAGAAAACAUGGAGCUGACCCCAUUAGAACAAGAUGAUGAUGAUGAUGAUACAACACUAUUUGAUGCCAGCCAUCCUCGGAGAGAAGUACGUGCCUUUCAAUGAAAGAACUUAAUCUUAGAACCGGAGAAGGAGACUGCUUCAUGGGAGAAGUAAGAAGCGAGAGGGUAUGCAAGUCGGGGGGAACCAGUUUAAUUUGUGUAUAUUACGUCAUCCUUAAUGUUUUGCGAUAAACAACGUACCAAUUUGUUGUAUCUUUUUGUACGUAGAGAUCAGUGUAUACCCCAUGGGGAGAGUGUACUAAUUGCACUAAAAUAAAAACCUCUUUGGAAGGGAGAUUAUGAAUAAAACAGGGUAUUUUUUGCUUGUUACAGAUUUUGUAUGCCAUUAAGUGUGGCAUACACUUUUUUCCUACAGUAAUCUGAUUUUUUUUUCAGAUAUUAAAUUGUAAGUAAAUGUAGCCACUGUGGACUUCUUGCAAUUGCUAGAACUUGACUUUCAUUGAGGAGAUGAUUUAUUGUUUACAAAUAAAAACCCAAUCUACUCCCUUCUGUGUUGAGACUUUUUUUAAGCUGAACUAACAUGUUUUCUGUAAACUUCAGUGAAAAAUAAAAUAUUAUUACAGUGUUCCUAGCAUUUAGCAUGAUAUUUCAACACUAUAUGUUUUAAGGAUAUUAUUAUAACUGUGUCAAACAUAAUAUUGCAGCAUCAUGUUGCUCUUGAGACUGCUGAUUGCAACUGUUGUGUUCAUUUUUUUGUGAGGUCUGUCUUCAGCUUCUGUGAACAGAUGUGGCUCAGGGACUUUAGGAUGUUGCUGGUGUAGUCCAUGGGAUGUCAGUAUUCAGACCUGUGGUGAAGAAAAGAUAAGCCUUUGGGAAAGUACUAAAUAUUCUUUAACUCUGAAAUGUGAAGUUGACAUUAGAAGCAGCUGUUACUAAAAUGUAUGGUAAUAGUCACAUGAAUGUUGUUGACAACCAGCAGCUAUGCUCAUGGCUGGUGCCAUAAAAAUUAUUAGAACUAUCUUUAAGCCCUGGAAGAUAUGCUUUUUUUUAAUGUGUUGCAGUUUCCACCAUAAUCUUGAUAAUGUAGACAAAAUGUUCAAAUUCUAGUUUAGAAUUAGUGUCUAUUUUUAUUGCUAAUUCCAUAAAUCCAUAUACAUUAGUAUCAAGGCAUAAAUUUGCUACAACAGUAUGGGUGGGGGUGACUAUGUUUCAUGAAAGUGGCUAAGUUAUAGCUUAGCAGAGAAAGAGGAAUAAUUUUUCCUUAUUCUUCAUUGCCUCUUGGUGUUUGAACAAAAUUGGAGUAAUUUUCUUCGAGGUAAUUUCUACAGUGGUAGGGUGAGGAGGGGAUCUGCUGUAGAUUUUCUUUAYCUCUACCUGCUGAUUUGUUGUAUUGAAAAACUUCUUACUUCCUCUAAUAACAGUUCAGAUGAGGUCAAAUCAGCCUCCCAAGGUAAUUUUCACCUAAAGUUUCCUUUGUGCCACACACAGCUGGGAAAUACAUUAUCCGUAUGAUAAAUGCAAGUCUUUAUUUUGCUUCCUCUUGUACCUGACUUUUUCCCCCCAUGUUUAAAGAUAAAACUGAAAUGAAAGCACAGCACGAUGAUUCUUGGAGAGGCUUAGUUGAGGAAUCUAGAAUAGCUGGAUUGUAGACUGCAGGUGAGGGAACAGUAAAUUCUAGAAGUAUGUUGUUUCUAUAUCUAAAAAGGACCACCAGUAUUAAAAYGAAACAUAAUUGAAAUAUUUAAUGUGUAUAGACUGUUUUCCUGACAUCCUAGAAUUCAAUUCUGUUGAAUCUUUCUAGUCUUUGAGCCACCCUGAGGAGGUGUUACACUCUGUAAGCAUAGGUUUAAGCAAGCAUUUGAACUGUUUAAGCAAGUUAGAAUCAUGGGAAAUGCAAACAAUCUUUAGGCUCUUGUUUGUCCUGCAGGUAAACCUUGAUGUUUUCCUGCAGAAAAAAAAACCAAAAUGUAACAGGUUAUUUAUGUUCCAAACAAUUUUCUGGUGAAAAAAAAAAAGCCCCACACAUUUUCAAAAAAUUUUAUAUAGACUUCUUUGAUCCGUACCUGCAGAAUUGUCAGGAUCKAUUCAUAGUCAGAUAACUGGUGAUAAGCUGGGACAAUUUUGGUGUCUGCUAUGGCAGAUACCAUGUCGUUAUUGGUGCAAAUUUUCUCAAUCUUACUCAGCUUAUAUCUAAUUUCAGCAAGAGAAUUGUCUCUCACUGCAUUUACAAAGACAAAACUAGUCAAAAAACAAUCAGCGUUUUGAAUGUCUUGAUCUUAACAAUUGGAAAUUGCAGCUGUGAGUUAUGUAGAGCCUCUGUUGAUAGGUGCAACACCAUUUCCAACUCUGCCUGAAAAGUUGUUCUAGCAUGCUUUCUAACGUUUGGGAAAUGUGCCACUGCAGACGCCACUAACUGAACGCUUGCAUAAACAGAACUGAAGUUUAUAUCAAGCUUAUUUAUCACUUUAAAAUCUCAUAUAAAAAGCAAGAUUAAAAAUAUGAAGAUGAAUAAUUGCGAAAUUUAUAACUGAGUAGCCAUGUAUGGAAAAUUUUGUCCUCAUUUGAACUAGAUAUUAAUAGACCAGUAAAGAAUGCCAGCUGAUCCGAUGCAGAAAAGCUCCUUGAAGACAGGAAUUAGUCCAAGUUUAAUGGGGAAUAAACUGGGAGAGAGGCUCGAUCUCUUCUAUAACUUGAAUUUCUGAACACAGAAAAUGGGACGUGGAGAAAAAUCUUGGAUGAUUAAAAAAAAUUAUAUGUAAAGAUACUUAUACAUUUUUUACAGUAUUAAAGCUAACACAGCAUAUCUGUUAYUGUUUGGGCUUUGUCACUUUUUUCCUUGUGUACUUUGAGACACAGCUUGUACGAGAAUAUGCUGUAUUCUUGUUCCUGGUCAGGUCUGAAUGCAGUUCGGUUUCUUGAUAGGAUGCAGAGCUGGCACCCUGUGGUACUGUGAUGGGUCCAAGCAUAAGAACUCCUUGGGGUCAAGAGGCAGAAAGCCUAUUUUUUGUGUAGACCAGUAAAAGCCAGGAAUGAUCUUUUAAUACAUAAGUCAACUGAAAGAGUCGGGUUUCAAAAGACCCAGUGUGACAGGACUGCUUCAUAGUUUUGGAAUAGACUUCUGUUUGCUACAAGUAUUACAAAUGUCCUGUUUUGUGAUACUGCCGCUGCUGCUGUUACAAAUUGUUAACUGUUAAACCCCUGCAGAAUUGAUCCAGCUUUCUGGAGAGUGUCCGCUGAUAAAAUUUUUGUGUGAUUUUUCUCUGUCCACAGUUGCUCAUCAUUUCCUCGUGUCUCGUAUUCAUUUAGCUUACAUCUUAAAACAUUUUUUUAAGACAUGAUAACACAAGAUUUCUUUUAUCAGGGUAGGUGGAUAAGUUCAAGUCUUUAUUAAGAAAUCCAAAGAAGGUUCUUAAAUCAUGAAAGCUUUUGCAUGUGAUUUCCUUCUUUUUCUUCAGUUGGGAAAGUAUGAGGUUGUUUUUGACAUAAGCCUUUUGGAUGCUUACAGCAGUAUACUUUACACAAAAUGCAGUAUGUAAAGUUUUUGUAAAUGACUGUGGACACAUGAACCAAAUGCACCUUAAGUAAAUUUGCUGCCGAUACUAAACUGGGAGGAGCUGUGGACUCCCUCAAGGGUAGAGAAACCUUAGAGAUCAGAAUAGACAAUGGAGCAGGAUGAUCACCAGAUAUGAAAUUUAAUAAAGAGUAAGUACUGGAUUCUUCAACUGGGAUGAGAUAAUAAUAAAAUGAUGGAGAGCAACCCUACAGAAAGAUGUGGGCAUUUGAGUUAAUGGCAAGUUGAAUAUGAGCAGUGCCCUGGCUGUCAGGAAGGCCAUCUGUGUCCUGGGAUGCAUCUGGGUGAGGGAGGGACUUGUCAUGCUGUGUCUGUUUUGAGCACCACAGUAGAAACUACUGCUUUGUUCAGCUUGGAGAAGAGAAGACAGCGGGCAAGAGGGUUGGUAGUGUGGGAGAUACUGAUACCUCUGCUGACCAGUGAAAGGGCAGAAGGGAAGGGAAUGAAGUUGCAUCCAGUGGAACUAGUGUUGGACAUAAGAAUGUAGUCUAAGUUCAAAAGUUAUGCUAGAGUUCCUUUGAUACCUGUUUGUAUCAAGCUAGGUAACGCACACUUGGUUUAUUGAUAUUCUUCCCUAAGCCUCACUGUUUAAUAGAAACAAAGUUUCAUUCAUAGUAGCUUGAGAAAACUUGGUUCAUAAAGACAGAAGAUGAAACAAUACACCUCCUCAAGCAUUUUCAUGUUUUAAAGAAAAAUCUGUCAGUUCAACAGCUAACUGGAUCAGGCAUUGUACAAAGAAGCAAUUUAUUUUUACAAACAAAUUUUUUAUUCUUUCCRCAGCUUUUUCUUAUAAAGGAAACAUCCUACAAAAAAGCCUGUAGCUAAGGUAAAUGGCAUUUAUGAGGAAUCUUUAUGAACCUCCUUAAAGAGACAACUUUAUUCAAAUGUCUGUAUGCCACAUUUUGAAACUUGGGUGAUUUCACAGGGAAUAUGUUUGCACUGAUCCUAUUCCUUUCACCUGCCUUGGCCACUAUCCAAAAUGAGAUGUGUGACUACAUGGAUUUCUAUUCAGACAGAAUAUAGUUAUUCUGUCCUCUGAUAGAGUCCUAAGACACCUCAUCUUUCUAAACAGAAAACACAGUUUAUGAAGAUCUAUAUUAAACGUACUGAAUCAAAGCAGACAGAUGUACAUCAGCAUUCUUGUAAUGUUUCUGAAAGUUAGUAUUCCACUUCCCAGUAAGAAGAUUGUUCAGAUAUGUUGUGAAAUGUCCUUCUAGCAAAUCUUUGUCUUUCCUGCUAGGAAAUCUAAAUCUUGUUUUUUGUAAUUUUAAGCCUGUUGCCCUUAAGCUACAAUGAAUGGUAGUAUAAGAGCUUGGUUUUUUUUUGCAGAUAUGCCGUUUCUUUCAAGAUCAUUAUAUUGCCACUCCAUCUUUUCUAAACAAAAUUCCGUCAGUUUCUUUCCUGCAAAACUCCAGGCGUUUUGCAUAGCUUGAUUUUUGGUAGUGAAGCGGGGGCUGCAGGUUGAGCUCCUGUGAGAAGCUGCUGGAAGCUUUCACCAUCUCCAGCAGAGCCAAUCCCUGGUGGCACCAAAGAUGGAAAUGCUGCAGGCCAAGGCUGGGCCAAUUGGAAAUGGUGCUAAUAUUUCUGUGAUAACAUAUUUAAGAAGAAUAAUUAAAAAAAAAAAAAAAGUUGUUGCACAGUUUUUAUUCCAGCCAGAGAAGAGUGGAGUGAGAACAUGUGAGAACAACUCUAUAGACACCAAGGCCAGUGAAGGAGAGGGACGAGGUGCUCCAUGCACCAGAGCUGGGAUUCCUCUGCAGGUCAUGGUGAAGACCAUGGUGAGACAGUGCCCCUGCAAUCCCUGGAGGUUUACAGGGAUGCAGAGAUCCACCUGUGGCCUGUGUAGGAGCGCACACUGGAGUAGAGGGAUACCUACAGGAGGCCUUGAGAUUCCUUUGGAGAGAAGGGCCAUGCUCCCAUGCUGGAGCAGCCUGUCUUGAAGGACUGCACCCCACGGGAAGAGUGACUCAUGCUGCAGGAGUUUGAAGGAGGACAGCUGCCUGUGGGAUAGACUCCUAUUGCAGCAGUUUGCAGAGCUGCUGAUGAGAUGGACUGACGUCAGAGAAGUUUGUGGAAAACUGUCUCUCAUGGGAGGGCCACCACAGUGCAGCAGGAGAACGACUCCUCUCCCUGAGAAGUGGGAAAAGCCUUUGGGUGAUGAACUGACCAUAACCUCCAUUCCCUGUCUCCUUGCAUUGCUGGGCUAGGAGGUCCAAGUGGGAAGAAGGGAAGGGUAGAAGGAAGGUGAUUUUAAGGGCUUGUUUUACUUCUCAUUAUCUUGCUCUGAUUUUAUUAGUGAUAAAUUCACAUCCCUAAGUUGGUCCUGUUUUGUCCAUGAUGGUAUUUGUUAAGGGAUCCCACCUGGUCCUUAUCGCAAAACAUGAACUCUUUGUAACAUUUUCUCUCCUCUGUCUAGCUGCAGAGGGGAAUGACUGAGUGGUUUUCAUGGGUGCCUGGCAUCUGGCUCAUGCCAACCUACGGCACCUUCCGAGACAAGUAUAAUUGACAGCCUUUCUUACUAUGCCUUCAAAUCCUGCGUCUAAGUAAUCGAUGAAGACAUUGAAGAGCACUGGGCCUGGAAUGAAGCCCUGUGGAACACCCACUAGUGACAGGUCACCAGCCUGAUGUCACCCAUUUGUUGUCACCCUUUGUGCCCAACCUGUGAGCCAGUAGCUCAUCAUCAGAUUAUGUGUUUAUCCAGGUAAACGCUGGACAUUUUGUCCGGGACACUAUGAGAGACAGCAUUGAAGGCUUUACUGAAAUCCAAAAAGGUGAUCACCUCAACUGUCUUCUCUUGAUCAGUGAGGUGGAUAAUCUUGUCAAGAAAGGAAAUCAUGUUUUUUCAGCAGGAUUUUCCCCUCAUGAACCCAUGCUGGCUGUGAUUGAUGACCGUGUUGUCCGUCAGGUAUUUUUCAAUAACACACAGAAUAAUCUUCUCUAUAAUUUUGCCAGGCACUGAGGUGGGACUGACAGGUGGGUAGUUGUGGUCGACGGGGAGCAAGGUCACGCAGACACCAAUAUGAUGAGCGUGAUCCGUUUAUUUCUAAUACAAGCUCCUUUUUAUCUAUUUUCAUAAGCCAGCCUUUCUAUAUGAUUAGCAAUGCCUUUCUAUAUGAUUAGCAAUUAUUCAUUGGUUAAUUUAGCAGUCUGUCUAUUACAUUUCAGCAUAUGAUUGGUAUAUUUGCAAAAGCAUGUUUUUGCAUGCCUUGCAGUUUUAAAUCAAUGUUCUCAGCAUUUUGCACUUUCUUCAAUCRUCCUAUUGUUCUUCAAUUGCUCUUUGUUCUUGCUUCUUACUAUGUUUCUUCUUCAUGGUCAGCGCGAGGUACAUGUUACCCUGCUGUAGUCACGUCCUCCUCUUUCCCAUCUUCUUCUAUCUCGUUCUGCUCUAUCUUGUAGUCUGGGUUGCUCAGUAACAGCAAUUCAUGACCUCGUUCCCACAAAAACCUGUCUAACAGAGAUUCAUCUAACUGAGAUCCUUCUACAGGUAGUUACCAGGGUCAUCCCUCUUGCCCUUCUUGAAAAUUGGGUUGUUUGCCAGCUUUAAGUCAAAUGGGUCCUUUUAUGUUUCUGUGAGUAUAUGGUGAUGGAAACAUACACAGAGGUUGCUGCAGCUAUCAUAUUUUUGGUCUUGAGAUGUAUAAAUCAUUUCCCUUCCUCCCCUGGCCAUACAGAAGAUAAGCUACCAUAUUUUCAGUUUCAGCAUGCUAAAUUUUUAUUGAUGUGGAGCCUUAGAUGCUGUAGCAGCUUCAGAAUCCUUUGAUACUAUAAAGUACAUGCAGAAAAUAGGGUUAUAAGUUUAAUAUUAGUAGCUACACAUCUGCUUUACAUCUCCAAGGAGGGUGGACAUUCUAGAGUUUGUGCAGCUUAUGACAUCAUUCAUUUUUCCUUAGGCACUCUUAAGAUCAGAGGUUAUUUGCCUGAGCAGCUGUGGUGCUUCUGCUCCAGUUUUUUCAUGUUUUCCACUAACACACCAUGAAAUACCUGAGUGCCAGUGUGCCAUAUUGAAGUAUUUUUGGAUAUAGACAGUAGAGAGUCAUUAAGAUUUUCACUUAUCACCUUGGCAACUCUAGCUGUCCCCAAGAAAAACCCUUAAAUUCACUUCUGUUGAAGUUUUAAGAAAAAGAAUGCUAAAGUAAGCUCUAUUAAGAAGUUGGUAAUUAUAAAAUGUGUUGUUAGUUAUUUUUUUAUUUUAAUGCAACCUCUGCUGUCCUUGGUGCAGGUUCAUGUCUUCAGUACCUAUGAAAUUGAAAUAUUUUCUGCAUUUUUUAACACCRUAGAUGCUUUUCUGGCUCUUUGCAUUGUUAGAUACCAUAGAUCACAAGCAAAAUAAUUUGUGAUCUUUCAAAUCUUAAAAUAAACUUUUGCAUGUUAGAUUCAUUUUUGUUUUGUUUCUAAAUUCAUAAAAGGGAAAUAUUAUGAUUAAAAAUAGCAUGUUGAAAAGUUUUGGAGUUUUAUCUGGGUAUUGUUGGUUUAGUCACUGUUCUUUCGCUUCACAGUUGUGCUUUUGUGUGCAAAGUAUAGUGAAGUAACUGUAGUCAACACCCCUUAUCCAAAAGUGUGAGACUUGCCUUGAAUAUGACAUUUGAGAACAAAAUCCUGUUGAACCAUUUCAGAUUGUCUUUUGKUUUUUUUCUUACAGCAAACACAAGUUCAGCUUAGAGUAGCAUAUGUGCCAAUCUCCAGUGAGCAAAAGCAAGAGAAGGCUACUGUGAAUAUGUUUUAUUUAGUUAAGUUAAAUCUACAUCUUCUUAAAAUCUUUCUCUAGGUUAAAUGGCAAGGUGAUGAUAGUUUCACAUUUUCAGAAUUCAUUUGAAUAUUUUCUUCAGAGGAUACUUAAAGUGUAAGACUGACAAUGGACUACAAACCUGGUAUGUAGAUGAGGCAUAAACUUGUCUAUGCUUUGGAGUGAAGUUGCAACUCUAACAGUGGUAGGAAGAGGGCAUAUGCUUUGUCCAAAGUUAGCCCUUGACCCAGCAACCCAUUUUGGGUUAUUAAAUAGACUGACCUCUUUUGACCAUUGUURCAUGUGUCAGUAAUAUCCUAUGCACUCUUCAAAAUUGUUGACAUUCAGUCCUGGAAAUAUUCAUGGCAGACUUUUCAGGGACUCUGUGCCCAUGAGCUGAAAUAUGAGGCAGCAAAGCCUCCAAGUGUAUCUCUUUUCUUCCUAGCUGCAAUCAGGAGUCUGGUACCGAACUUGUUAUUUAAUGUCAGUAAGAAGUCAUAUGGAUGAAAUAGGUAUGCUACGAAAGUUUAACUUGCAUGGCAAAGUAGUAUUUUCUAGUUACUUGCACCAGUUUGAAGUUUACAAAACAAACUGACUCCAACAAGACUUUCCCAGGAGUGUUGUUGAUUGUGGGAGGAAGAUGACAGUUUCCUGUUGUAGAAAUACAGAAGAAGAAACAACAUUCAGCCUGUAUUGCCUGAAUCUGAGAAGUGGUAUUCUGUUACCAGCAAUGGCGAAACCAAAAGCACUCAAAAGGUUUUCUCCUGAGGAUAUUUCUGAAUAAUGUCAGUGAUACAUCUGGCAUAGAUGUGUGACAGCAGUAUCCUAUCAUCGCUGACAGACCAUCCAUCUACUAACAUUACCAGCCAAAGAAAGCCAAGUGGUGACUUUGUUGAGGCUACUGCCAAAUAGUUACAUUUUCUUCUGGAAUAUAAUGCCUAACCUUCUACUACUAGCUCUGGCUAAGAUGGCUGGUAGCCCAAGCCUCUUUUUUGUCCUUCUUUAUUUUGACUGUCARCUGCCAGUCAGCGUGGACUUCUUUUUAACAAGAGUUCUCAAUCAUCCAGCUUCCUUAUCAGCCAAGCACUCAGGAAACAUAUUUGAUUAUGAUUUUUUGUGGCUUUUUUUUCUAGGGCCAUUGUAACCAGAAGUGGGUCCCUCCAGCCAUACUGUGAGGCUGCUGUGAGGGACUUGGUCAAAGCAGUCAAGCUCUGUGAGCAACUCCUAACAUGAGAGGGCAGUUACCCUUCAGUGUAUAAACAACUGCCAGUGAAACAUGGAUGAAGUGGUGCCAAUGUAUUUUAUAAUAUUCUCUUGUAAAUUUAUGUACCUUUUUGGAACUUUGUUUGCAUGUUACAACAUACAGGUUUUCUGUCAUUUGGCAUUUGUUUCUGUUAUUCUGGCAUUUGUUUUCUUUCUGUCUUUGGCAUAUAAAUGCUGCCUUUUGUGUUGUUUGUUCUGCUGUCAGCUUCUUGAGGACAAAAGGCUGUGUCCAGAUCACUUGAAGGAAUAUGAAAGGAAAUGAAGAGCAGUGGAAUACAAAGAGGAGCCAUGAAAGGAAUGGUAAUGUGAGCCUUCUUGCAUAGGUAUCAUUCAGAGGUGCCAUUAAUGAAUACAUGAACCAAGUGAUUGCAUUUUGCUGCACUAUAAACAACUCCAUGAYUUGCAUUUUUCCUCCUUUUCUCCCUCCUCUCUGUCUAACUUCUUCUUUCAACAAGUGCACCCUUUUCUAUUGUGUACUACGUUCUGACAAGUAGACAUACCCUUCCUAGGAAAUGCAGCCAAGGACAGUCACUGUUCAGAAUCAAAUUCAACCUGCUCUGGGUUUGGCAUCCCUCAUCUGUUCAUGAGAAUACCUGGAUGCUCAAUUCAUGGUCACCUGGCAGAAGAUAAGGACCACUAUUUCCAAUAGCUUUGAUGAUUAGAAUUGGAGCCCUUUAUCGCUGGAGCAUCAGUAGUAAGGCAAUGCUGCUAACGAUGUUAUAGCUGAUGUCCCACAUUUGGAACAGGUGCCAGCUUAUCACAGGAGACAACUGCUGGAUAUGGAACGCAUCAGUGUUUACAGCCAGUUUUUUAAUGUGUGUGAAUUAAUCAGUUCUGCUGAGAUGUGGCUGUCAACUCACUAUUCUGUUGAUUGAGACUGCAGACUCCUCUAUUAGUCACUGGAUUUCUCAUCUGUGGGCUGGCAGGAGUUGAUAUGUGUGCUGAAUUCUGGGGCACUUACACUAAAUAUUUCAGGUGGUGCCACAGAUCUUUCUUGUAACUCCAUUAACUAUAGUACUGUACUGCUGUGCGGCUCAUCCCUUCGAGGUUAGUGUUGCCUGCUUCAGGACUACAAGAAAAGCCGAGAAAAUGCAGGCUGCUGAAUAGAAUAUAGCACUACCU